AUGGACUGCCUCACCCAUCUCCCACACGUUGUUGAUCCAGAGGUCCAUUACGAGGUUCAAUCAAAAAGAGGACUUGCCGUCUCAGGUAUUCCGACUCCGUCUUCUGAAGUGAUCGACACAAUUCUACGCCCAGAUCAAGUCAAUGUUUCAAGCUUGGUGGAACCAGAAGUGGCACGAAUGACAAAACCUAUCGUUACACGCUCUCCCCCAUUCGUUAUCAAGAUGGCACAAUCGUGUUCAGGUCAAGGUGUAUGGGUAGUCCGCUCCGAGGCAGACAAAAAAAAUGCACUAGAUACGAUCGCAAGAGCACUACCCAAGCUUAUUCAACAAACGGUUGAGUCCAAUCAGCAUUUGAAUCCAAGCAGCUUCAUUUUGCAAGAAAUGGUUCCAAGCGAGACCCGUGGUCUUUCACUUUUCAUCACUAAAGCCGGUCGCCCUAUCUUUCUUGGUUGUUGUCGGCAGUACGUCGAUGAUACCGGACAUUGGGCUGGAGGCUUCAUGUCGUACGACGAACAGAAGGCCCUUGAGCUCGAAUAUGCAAGUAUCGCUAAAGAUAUCGCCAGGCAUUGUCACAAAGUGGGAUAUUAUGGACCAUUUGGUGUAGACGUGAUGGAUGAUGGCAAGAAUCAGAAAUUGGUCAUUGACCCCAAUGCACGGGUUCAGGGUACCACACCAUUGUGUUUUCUGAAGGAUCAUUUCACGUCCCGGAACAUGAAGGAGUCUGUCAUAUUCUUCCCUCUUUUCUUGACCUGCACCCUAGAUGAGUUUGAGAAGAUAUUCGCAAGCGAGCUUUCCGAUGGGAGCUUGAUUAUCAUUGGUUGGUCUCAUUACAGCCAGAUCAGUGUAACAUCGGUGAUUUUGGGUGCCGAAAACCAGGAGAAACUGGGAGCGUUCAUUUACAGACUGAAAGUAUACAAGGUUGAGGAGGAAGGUUAA